UUUCUGGUCUCUGACGAAGUUUCAGGUCGAUUUCCGGUUUCCCAUUUAGCUGGUUUUUUGUGGGUUAGGGGUAGGUAGCUCAUAGAUAGCCAUCAGCUUAGAACCACUGGUUUUGUUGGUCUGAGCAAGUCGUGCUCUUUUUUAAACUCCAAAAUCAACUAAAAACAGAAGGUUCUCUUUGCAUAUAAUAUGGACAUGAAAAGAAAAAUUGCAGGUGAAAGCCAAAGAACUUCUGCAAGUGACUCCAAAGUUGCUCGAAUAGAGGGUUUAAGUUAAUCAUGUAAUGCUAAAUGAAUCAACCAUUUUAUCCAAGCAUCAAAAAGCCUAUCCCUUCUCGACCGUUUGCCUCCAAGAGGAAAAAUCAGGACUUGGACUGUUGAUGGUUCUUUGAUCCAUCCAAAUUGCAGACCCAACCGUUUCAACUCGUGGGAUCGAUUUGGUGCAUUUAAAGUCCAAUUUAUACAGAGAAAGUUUCUGGCAUUUUCUCGUGAAGCCGAAGCGCCAGGAGCGUUUUGCAGUUACCCUCACAAUUCGCAUCUCCUUCCACUUCCUUCUCUCUCUACAAAACCUGCCCUUGUUUCUCUUUCUUUAAAACUUGUUCCAAUUCUACACGAACUGAUCAUUCAGUUCAGGUGAGCCUUCUUGUUUUUGUUCAAAAUUAAACGGGUCUGUGAGAUUUUGGCGGAAUGAGGACUGCAACAGGGGAAAAUCCAAGCUCCACGCCACCAAAGCUGUCUCUGUUUUCUUUUCCAAGACAACCAUUGGAGCCGCCAGGGAUGGUGACGCCGCCGCUGCACGCGUCGAUUUCUGUGCCGUUUCACUGGGAAGAGGCACCGGGGAAGCCGAAGCCGCUCGGAAUUAUUGAAUUGAAUCCAAAGCCCAAAAGUGCAAGAACUUUGGAUCUGCCACCCCGGCUGUUCGCUGACGCCAAGGUAGCCCAUUUUGCCUCUCCUACAAUCGCCGCGGAUGAACCCGUCGCCGGCCGAGACCUAUCGUUCAGGUUCCCGGACAGCUGGGCGGAGACGGCGACGGCGACGGAGACGAGGGAGGGAAAGGAUGUUAACAAGGAGAAUGUGAAGCGUGGGUCUGAAAUUUCACUCUCGGCCGGCGGUGUGGACGACGGCAAUACGAGAGUGAAGAUCACGAGAUUAAGGAUUAGAAGAAACUUUAUUGGGACAUGGAAUUCAAAGUCGCACAUCGCAUGUAUUUAUGGGAGCUUGAAGCAAGUGCUUCCAUGGAGACGUAAGCAUGAUGAAUGAACGAAAAUGGUUGCCUCAUGAUUUCAAUUCUUCUGUAUCAACAAGCAGCCACAGAGUCUGUUUCCCUAAACUUCAUGUGUGUCCAAAUGCAAAGAACGAGCCAAGGUGUGUGUUUCUCUGAUCACUACAACAAAUGACAGUCUUUAGUGACGAGCAGCAACAUUGGACCUUCGCUUCUUCUUGUAAUUGGCUUUGAAACAGGCUUGCCUGAGCCUUCUGGUUCUGUGAGUGAGGUCCAUAUCUGGGAGUUCCUCCACAAGCCUCUUGUGCUCCUCCAACCCUUUUAUCUCAUUUGUCAACCCCAUCUCCUGCACUUCCAAAUUACACCGACGUUGAGCGUCCUAAGAACUUGAAUCAAUAGACAUAUAGAAUGAUGGAUGUGUAUACAUACAAACCUGGACAUUUGUAAUGAGAGAGUUCAAGCUCUUGAGCUUUCUAUGAGGCCAUCUCAUUAUAUGAAGU